AUGUCUCGCUACGUAGUUGUUUUCAAGUCCGAGGCAGCUGAAUCUCAGAUUGACGCUUAUAAACAUGAUGUCGAAAAGCAAGGGGGCGAGGUGCAUCAAGCUUACCAUGCCUCGUUUCUUCGUGGCUUCUCUGCCACCCUGCCUGCCACGUACGCGUCGCAGUUGGAGCAAGCCACCAAGGAUGGCACGCAUCCCUCCAUUGAAUACAUAGAGAAAGACAGCUCUGUUCAUACUAAAUAG